AUUGACAUGUUGCAAGACCAUUAGACUCGUCUGGAACUUCGAGAGUAUAAAGUUAACUAAAAGUAAUUCAAGUAUACUUUAGGAAGCUACGUCUUUUGUUCUGAAUAGCUAUUUGAAAAGAGGGUAGGUAGAACAAUAUUAUGUUAUAUUUUCUUAUAGAGAUAGAGAGAGAGCGAGAGAGAUAGAGAUAGAGAGACAGAGACAGAGAACUUGUAGAGUUUACCGCCGUUUCUAUUUAUAGGCUAGACACUGGUGAAAGUUGAUCAUUUGGAAGAAAAUUGGGUUAACGCUGUAUAAAAAUAAAGAGAGGAGGAAAAGUUUUAUUUUUACAAAGAUGAUUAAUUUUAAAUCUAUGAUAGAUUAUUUUACACUUAUGGAAACAGUCAAAACAUUACAAGUAUUGACGUAUGAGUUUCUAAUGAAACAUAUAGAAUUAUAUAUUGAAGACGAAAGAUUAUAUAAUGAAUGGAUGAAUAAAAGAUUAUCACCACUAUUGGCUGGAAGAUUAUUAUUCGAUUUGAAUGAUACUUUGCUAUUUAUUCCUGAAAAUAUACUGAAAUUAUUUAAUAAAGAUAUUUGCUUUUUCAAAGAGAUUAAACUAAAUUGUCGAAAUGUUUAUAAGAAUUCGUCAAUGGAGUUUUUAAAGGGUCAUGCCCUGAGUAAAGUUUCCAUUGAAUUUGCUAGAAAUAUCCUAUUGAAAGAUUGGAUUUGUUUUUUGGAUGAGACACUUGUAACCCAUCUAUCUAUAAAGGGAUCCAGAGUAUCUGAUAUUAGAUACAAGGAAGAAGCUAGAAGUAUUGCUUGCGUUACAUGCCUAAAACCUUUUCAGAACAUUGUACAUCUUGAUAUUUCAAGAACCGGAUUUGUCGAUGAACAAUUGAGAUAUAUUUCACGAGAGCUUCCCGGAGUUGAGCAUUUAAAUAUGUCGGAAACUUUAAUAACAGAUCUACGUCAUCUUGAAGCUUUUCCGAAAUUGAAUUCGUUAGAUUGCUCAUUUCCACUUGAUAUAAAAGUAUAUGGUACAUAUUUGGCUCUAUUACGUCUUAAAUCGCUUGAGUAUUUGGAUAUGUCGAGAGAAGACGGUAUUACAUACGACAAGCAAUUUUUGGGCUACAAUUACUGUAGACGAGUAGACGAGGACGAUAUUGAUGAUAUUAAAACUGGUACUAUUCCAAAGUGCUUCCUUACGAAAUAUAAAUGGAAAAUUGAUGAUUUUGUCAAUUAUGCUAAUUGGCCGAAUUUAAGUUAUAUUAAUAUGUCGGGAAGUUGGAGUCAUACUCUAUUUCCUUAUAUAAGAAAAUUUAUUGAGAGACAUACUAAGCUAAAAUAUUUGGGUCUAUUCGGUUUCGAAACGAAUAUGGAAAGAAAUUUAGACUCUAUUGAUCCGGAUAUACGUCAAUUUAUUGGAAUAACGAGUGAUAAGAAGAGAUGUGUUCAGCAUAGAGCUAAAUUUAUUAAGGCGAAUAGAGGAAACGAAUCACAUUUUGUGUACUUUCUAAAUUGGAUUUUGGGACACAGUAUCGAUGCUGAAGACGAAGAAUUAAAGGCUAAAGUUAAGGGAAUUGAAUACGAGAUUGCAGAGGUUGUCUUAGAUCAAUUAAAUGAAUUAAAGCAUUCAGUCUAUUCUUACGGCGAUUCUUCAAGGAAUAUAAUAUCCUUGUUAGAUACGUUUGUCGUAGUAAGGAUCAUUAAUUUACCCGCUUCGCAAACUAUUCUAAAAAUACUUAAAACUUGUGCUCAAGUAUUCCUGCAAAACGAUGAAGAUAGCUUUUGGACACACGAUUUAAGUGAUCUCUUUUUUAUAUUUAAUAAAUAUUUCACUCAUUUGAAUGAAGUUGCUGAUAGAAGUUUAAUUCUUAAAAGACUAUUUGACCAUCCAAAUCCAAAUAGAUGGACAUCGUAUUCGUAUGUCUUAUGCGAUUUUUUGAAUAAGAUCAUUGCGAAAAAGCUGCUGUCAACGAAGGAAAUUAUCUGUUUAACUGAAAGUUUCUAUAAGUUUGAACAUCGAUUAAAGUAUUUACUUAAAUUCGAUAAAGACGACGAAAUUAAAGAGAGUUAUGGUACUGUUAGAAAACUAAUGAAUCAUUACAUUCGUCAAUGCGAAGCUGAAUAUAACUUGGAUCUGAAACCUUGCGAUAAUAGGAAAUAAAAUGGGAAAUCUAUGGCUUUUGAUUUUGUGAGAAAUAUUUUUUUGUGUGUUCAAAUUUUGGAAAGAAAAAGAAAAAGAAAAAAAAAAGAAUAUUACAUGAACUUUUCUACAUUAAUACAUGUUCAACAUAUAUGUUCUUUCUAUUUAUGUAUUUAAUGAAUCUAUUUAUAAAUGCAUAUUUUUUUUAUUGUAUCCGUUA